GAAGGAAGAGAGCGAGGGUUUCCGAACGAACGGUUCGUGAACGGCGGAUCUAACGUAAAAGUUUAUUUUAUUCAUUUUACACUGCCGGGAGUCAAUAAAUUUUGCCGCUUAGCCGGCUGACUACAACGAUACUGUGAAAGUGUUGUGCUGUGAAAUAAAAUGAAUUUAAUUAUUUAACAUUUCAUCUCUCUGUGCAUAGUGAAAACACUUUUUAAAACUUUUCUCAGGUGUAAAAAGUUUCGGUCACAAUGACGCUGGAACAGCAGCUGGUGUGGGUGCGUGAGGGCUCCGAGGGAUUCGUGUUGGCGCGGCUACAUGAACUCCUUGGUGAAGAGGCGGACGUCGUGCCUCUGGAUAGCAAGCACGCGCGUCGCGUCGCCAGCUUUGAUGAUAUACUGCCAGCCGGAGACCCUGACAAGGAGGUUGAUGAUAAUUGUGAACUUAUGUUCCUGAACGAGGCUACAUUGCUAAACAACAUAAUAUGUCGCUACAAGAAGAAAAAGAUUUACACAUACGUAGCGAAUAUUCUGUUAGCGGUGAACCCGUAUGAAGACAUUCCGGAUCUGUACUCGUCGGCCACUAUCAAGAAGUACCAGGGCCGUUCUUUAGGAGAACUGCCACCACACGUCUUUGCUAUAGCGGACAAAGCGUUUCGUGAUAUGAAAUCGUUCAAGCAGUCCCAGUCUAUCAUAGUGUCGGGGGAAUCCGGCGCGGGGAAGACGGAGUCAACCAAGUACAUACUUAAGUAUCUCUGCGAUCUAUGGGCGAAAGGCGCAGGUCCUGUCGAGCAGAAGAUAUUAGACGCAAACCCGAUACUAGAAGCGUUCGGUAACGCGAAAACAACGAGAAACAACAACAGUUCCCGUUUUGGCAAAUUCAUGGAGGUUCACUUCAGUGCUAAAUACCAAGUGGUGGGGGGCCACAUAUCUCAUUAUCUGCUAGAAAAGUCUAGAAUAUGCACACAGAGCGCAGAGGAGAGGAACUACCAUGUCUUCUACUUGCUAUGUGCUGGUGCGCCCCAGGAAUUAAGAACUGCACUGAAGAUCACCAAGCCUGAUGAUUAUCAAUACUUGAAGAACGGCUGCACUCAGUACUUCACGAGCGCGGAGUCUGAGAGAAAGAUCAGCGCGAGUCAGAAGAGCAAGCAGCAGAUGGCCAAGGGUGGUCUGCGGGACCCCAUACUGGAUGACGUCGAGGACUUCCAGAGGUUGCAUCAGGCACUAUCGCGCGUAGGUCUGACAGAAGAAGAAAAGCGUUCAGUAUACUGUGUGGUAGCAGCAGUCCUGCACCUGGGUAACGUGGAGUUUGAGGAAGACGGCGGUGCGCGAGGCGGCUGCAGCGUGGCGCAGCACUCGGAGCCGGCGCUGGCUGCAGCAGCGCACCUGCUGGGUGUUGACGCCGCGGAGCUCCGCAUGGCGCUAGUCUCGCGACUCAUGCAGAGCUCCAGAGGUGGAUUAAAAGGCACUGCUAUCAUGGUGCCGCUGAAACCGUACGAGGCGACGAACGCGCGCGACGCGCUGGCGAAGGCGGUGUACAGCCGACUGUUUGACUACAUCGUGCACCGCAUCAACACCAGCAUACCCUUCCAGGCCUCCGCAUACUACAUCGGCGUCCUCGACAUCGCCGGCUUCGAAUACUUCCAGAUGAACAGCUUCGAGCAGUUCUGCAUCAACUACUGCAAUGAAAAGCUGCAGCAGUUCUUCAACGAGCGCAUCCUCAAGAAUGAGCAGGAUCUGUACAAGCGCGAGGGACUCAAUGUGCCAGAGAUAAGAUUCGUGGACAACCAGGAUUGUAUAGAUUUGAUAGAGAGUAAGAACCACGGCAUCUUCCACCUGUUGGACGAGGAGUCGAAGUUGCCCAAACCGGAGUUUGGUCACUUCACUCACUCCGUACACAAGCAGCUCGGCGGGAACGCGCCCAGUUCACGUGUACAAGUGCCGCGUGCGUCCCGACUGAAGGCGCAUCGCAUUCUGAGAGAUGACGAGGGAUUCCUUUUAAGACAUUUUGCUGGAGCUGUCUGCUAUAACACGAAUCAAUUCAUAGAGAAGAACAACGACGCUCUGCACGCGUCGCUUGAGUUCUUAGUGCAGGAGUCGAGCUGCUCCCUGGUGCAGCAGCUCUUCCUCACCAGUGAUAACACCAAUGCCAAGGGAAAGCUCAACUUCAUCUCCGUCGGCGCUAAGUUCCAGGCGCAGCUGUCGCAGCUCAUGGACAAACUGAAGGAAAACGGUACAAACUUCGUGCGGUGCGUGAAGCCGAACAGCCGCAUGCAAGGUCGCGCGGUGGAGGGCGCGCUGGUGCUGACGCAGCUCCAGUGCUCCGGCACCGCCUCCGUGCUGGCGCUCAUGCAGCACGGCUACCCCUCGCGCGCGCACUGUCGCGACCUGCACGCCAUGUACUCCGCACAUCUGCCCCAGCAGCUACAGAAACUCUCCCCCAGGCUCUUCUGUGAGGCGAUAGUGCACAGCUUCGGUCUAUCGGACAAGGACUACAAGUUCGGCGUGACGCGGCUGUUCUUCAGGCCCGGCAAGUACUCGGAGUUCGACACCAUCAUGCGCUCCGACCCCGACAACCUGAAGGCUAUCGUGGACUCCGUGCUCGCCUGGCUCGUCAAGUCUCGCUGGAGACGGUCCAUAUUCGCAGCACUUUCUGUUAUUAAAUUGAAAAAUAAAAUCCUGUAUCGUCGCGAAUGUCUACUUCUCCUGCAAAAGACGAUUCGUGGAUACUUGGUGCGUCGUCAACACAGACCACGCUACAAGGGUAUCGCCAAAAUCAAAGCUAUUGAAGACAGCCUCAAGAAAAUGGAGUCCGUCACAGCACAACUCAACAAGGAGAAGGAGACCGCUAAGAAGAAUAUAGAAAAUCUUAGAAACUCUAUUAGAAAUGCUUGCGCUUUGAUUAAGAGCAACGAGAAGAUAUCCCGCGCUGAGAUAGACCAGUUGUAUAGCAAGUUGAGUAAAGAGGCUGAAACACAGAUGGCCGCGCUACAGAAGGCUAUGACUGACCAGAAGAACAGAGAGGAACAAGAGAGGCUGCGUAAGAUCGAAGCGGAGAUGCGCGCCGCGGAAGAGGCCAAGAUGAAAGAGCAAGAGAGAAUCCAACAAGAAGAGGAACACCGCAGACUUAAAGCGGAGAUGGAGUCUCGUCGCAAGGCGGAGGAGGCGGCGCGGCUGCAGCAGGAGCAGCGCGACCGCGCCGCAGCCGCGCAGCUGCAGCGACAGCUCGAGCAGGCCGCACAGGCUGACCUCGAGAAUAGGGACAGGCUUGAACAGGAGAGACGAGAUCACGAGAUGGCGAUGCGUCUCGCUGAAGAAACCAACGGACACGUUGAGGGAUCUCCACCCCAGCUGAGAAGUUUCCCAUCAAUGGACACACUGAACGGGGAGAAUAAAUUGAACAGAUCGGAGCGCGUGCGCAUGCAGCAGGCGAUGGCGGGCAAGCAGAAGUACGAUCUGUCCAAAUGGAAGUACUCGGAGCUGCGGGACACUAUCAACACAUCCUGCGAUAUCGAGCUGCUCGAGGCGUGCCGUCAUGAGUUCCACCGACGUCUGAAGGUGUACCACGCGUGGAAGGCGAAGAACGCGCGCAAGACCACCAUGCAUGAGCAGGAGCGCGCGCCGCAAUCCAUCAUGGAGGCCGCGAAAGCGCCCCGUGUGAGCGGUCGCGAGGUGCUGGGCGCGCGGCACCGCUACUUCCGCAUACCGUUCGUGCGUCCCGGCGGCGGAGAGCGGCGCGGCUGGUGGUACGCGCACUUCGACGGCCGCUACGUCGCCCGACAGAUGGAGCUGCAUCCUGACAAGACGCCCGUGCUGCUGCAGGCCGGCAUUGACGACAUGCAGAUGUGCGAGCUGAGCCUGGAGGAGACAGGGCUGACGCGCAAACGCGGCGCUGAGAUCCUCGAGCACGAGUUCGAGCGCGAGUGGGCGCGCCACAACGGACCGCCAUACCGCGCACUUGACAGAAUCCAGCAGUCUUAGCAGAAAUGAAUGAGGAGUUCAAUACAAGUUUCUAACUCUAUUUAUUAAAUUUAAGAUAUAUUUUAAAUAAGUUAGUGCUUUCAAAUGUGCCUUCAGAGGUCCGUAUAUUGUAAGUAAGUUCAUAGCAAGUGAGCUAUAAUUUUAGUCUGA